AUACUUUGCGGUGAAACUCUGGAACAGCCGCCGCUGUUUGGUCGACUAAAGAGACGAAAUAGCUUUACCUCAGUUGUUCCAUUGGAUGGUUGUUACAUUUUUGGGUGUUAUUUUCAGUCAUCUUUAAAUGAUCGAAUGUCAUGGGAUCGAUUUGUAAUUGAUAGGAAUGGAUAGUCGCAAUUGAGUUGAUCUAUUUGUUGGAUAGCGCAAAUGGACGGCGUGUACUGAUGCGAGGAUAACGGGCAUUAAGAAGACACACCAACAUUCAUGCAUCGUUGAAUUUUCUGUAAAGUUUAUUCGGAUAUCUGUCCGCAGGAUAGACUGAGAUGGCGGAUGCUGCCGAGUGCGGUGUUAAAGUAAUGUGCCGUUUCAGGCCAUUAAAUGAAUCCGAAAUCACAAGGGGAGAUAAAUACAUACCCAAAUUCAAGGAGGACGACACGGUGGUUAUAACAGGAAAACCGUACGUCUUUGACCGGGUCCUGCCCCCUAACACUGCCCAGGAACAGGUGUACGAUGCCUGCGCCAAACAGAUCGUCAAAGAUGUCCUUGGAGGCUACAACGGGACCAUCUUUGCCUACGGGCAAACCUCCUCUGGGAAGACCCACACCAUGGAGGGCAAGCUGCACGACCCCCAGCUGAUGGGGAUUAUCCCUCGUAUCUCCCAUGACAUAUUUGACCACAUCUACUCCAUGGACGAGAACCUGGAGUUUCACAUCAAGGUUUCAUAUUUUGAAAUAUAUUUGGACAAAAUAAGGGACUUACUGGAUGUUUCAAAGACAAACCUGGCUGUGCAUGAAGAUAAGAAUCGUGUACCCUAUGUGAAGGGUUGCACAGAGCGAUUUGUCUCCAGUCCUGAAGAGGUGAUGGAUGUCAUUGAUGAGGGAAAAGCCAAUCGUCACGUUGCCGUCACAAACAUGAACGAGCACAGCUCCAGAAGCCACAGCAUCUUCCUGAUCAACAUCAAGCAGGAGAACGUGGAGACGGAGAAAAAGCUCUCUGGGAAGCUCUACCUGGUGGAUCUGGCAGGAAGUGAGAAGGUCAGUAAAACGGGAGCGGAGGGAGCUGUGCUGGACGAGGCUAAAAAUAUCAACAAGUCCCUGUCCGCCCUGGGCAACGUCAUCUCAGCGCUGGCCGAGGGCACCAAAACCCACGUGCCGUACCGAGACAGCAAGAUGACGCGCAUCCUGCAGGACUCUCUGGGGGGCAACUGCAGGACCACCAUCAUCAUCUGCUGCUCGCCCUCCGUCUACAACGAGUGCGAGACCAAAUCUACACUCAUGUUCGGACAGAGAGCUAAGACCAUAAAGAACACGGUGUGUGUGAAUCUGGAGCUGACGGCUGAGGAGUGGAAGAAGAAGUACGAGAAGGAGAAGGAGAAGAACAAGAGUCUGAAGAGCAUCAUCCAGCGCCUGGAGACCGAGCUCAACCGCUGGAGGAACGGUGAGAAUGUUCCAGAGAAUGAGCAGUUGAGCUCUAAGGAGCAGAAAACCAUUGAGACGUGUGAUAACACGCCCAUCAUCGAUAACCUGGCCCCGCCAGUGGUCACUCUGGUGUCCACCGAGGAGAAGAACAAAUAUGAGGAGGAGAUCCGCAACCUCUACAAGCAGAUGGACGACAAGGAUGAUGAAAUUAACCAGCAGAGCCAGCUUGCUGAGAAGCUUAAGGAGCAGAUGCUGGACCAGGAUGAGCUCCUAGCAUCCACGCGGCGCGACUACGAUAAGAUCCAGGAAGAGCUGGGCCGGCUGCAGCAGGAGAACGAGGCGGCCAAGGAGGAGGUGAAGGAGGUGCUGCAGGCCCUGGAGGAGCUGGCCGUCAACUACGACCAGAAGAGCCAGGAGGUGGAGGAGUUCAGCCGCGCCAACGAGAUACUCACAGAGGAGCUUUCACAGAAGACGGCGGUGCUGGGUGCGGUCCAGAAGGAGCUGGCUCAGCUGCAGGAGCUCAGCAGUCACCAGAGGAAGAGGGCAGCAGAGGUGCUCAACCUGCUGCUCAGAGACCUCAGCGAGAUUGGGGGCAUCAUCGGCACCAACGACAUGAAGACGUCGGAGCCCAACGGUGCGCUGGAGGAGGAGUUCACCAUGGCGCGCCUCUACAUCAGCAAGAUGAAGUCGGAGGUCAAGUCUCUGGUCAACCGCAGCAAGCAGCUGGAGACCGCGCAGGCCGACACCAGCCGCAAGAUGCAGGCCAAUGAGAAGGAGCUUGCCUCCUGCCAACUCCUCAUCGCCCAGCACCAGGCCAAGAUCAAGUCCUUGACGGACUACAUGCAGAACAUGGAGGAGAAGAAGAGGCAGCUGGAGGAGAACCAGGACGUUCUCACCGAGGAACUCGCCAAGCUGCAGGGCCAAGAGAAGAUGCAUGAGGUCUCUGGCAUGGAGAACGAGAAGGACAUAGAUCGGCUGCAGGAUGGCGAGGAAAUUAAGAAGUCGUUGGACGAGCAGAUGGUCAACCAUCGGGACACCCACCAGAAGCAGCUGUCCCGCCUCAGGGACGAGGUGGCCGUCAAGCAGAGGAUGCUGGACGAGCUCAAAGAUCUGAACGAGAGCCUGCUGCUGGAGCAGAAGAAGCUCAUGUCCGACUACGAGAAGCUCAAGAUGGAGGAGCAGGAGAAGGACCAGAAGUUGCAGCAGCUCAUAAUGAUCAAUGAGAAGCAGGAGGUAGCCAGGCAGGACCUGAAGGGGCUCGAGGAGACUGUGGCCAAAGAGCUGCAGACGCUGCAUAACCUGCGCAAGCUCUUCGUCCAGGACCUGACCAUGAGGGUCAAGAAGAGUGCAGAGAUGGACUGUGAGGACGGCGUAGGCAGCGCUGCACAGAAACAGAAGAUCUCCUUCCUGGAGAACAAUCUGGAACAGCUCACUAAAGUUCACAAGCAGCUGGUGCGUGAUAACGCCGACCUGCGCUGCGAGCUGCCCAAGCUGGAGAAGCGUCUGCGGGCCACGGCCGAGCGGGUCAAGGCCCUGGAGUCGGCGCUCAAGGAGGCCAAGGAGAACGCCAUGAGGGACCGCAAGCGCUACCAGACCGAGGUGGACCGCAUCAAGGACGCCGUCCGCGCCAAGAACAUGGCUCGCAGGGGCCACUCGGCUCAGAUCGCCAAACCCAUCAGGGCAGGGCACCACCACUCCUCCCCCACCCCCCUCUCCAUCAGGGGUGGAGGAACCGUCUACCACUACACCCACAACAGCAACUGAGCCACACAGGACUCUCCUGGUGUAAGCAUGCCCAGACCCCCCCCACCCCUCUUAACACUGCGCUGUGCUUCAACCAGUAACUCCAUCCACCCCACCCCCAACACACACACACAUACACACACACACACACACACACACACACACACACACACACACACACACACACACACACACACACACACACACACACAGCAGUCUCCGUAAAGAGGACAAGCUCGCUCAUGCUCACUGGCCAUACAGUACCUAUACCACGGACAUCCAACAACCACUCUACAUGCCAAGAGAUUUAUGCAUUCAGAAGAACUUGGGCAGGUUCAGCGCCUCGUCCUCAGUGGGUUAUUAUGUUAUGUGUGGUGUAGUAGUGUGCAGAGCAGGCCUUUCUUUCAUUCCUACUAGCGGUAGACUUUGAUACUGAUGCACACAACACAUCAGUAUCACAGUCGGACACUAGAGGGCAUCAGUAGCCCAGUCCAGGCAUCAUGACAUGUGGCAUUCACAGAGUAGAUACUGUAUGUCGACCUGCGUCUGACAUGGGCAACCUCAGGAAGACGAAAGAUUUGAUACAGAGUGGGAAUAAGGCCAGACAUUAAGGAGACAAAGCUUGCUCUGCGAUCUCAGGCUGUAGAGGUAUAUGCUUAUAUCAGGAAAUGGAUUGAACCAUUUUGAAUAAUUAUAGCUAGAAAUGAACAGUACACAGUGAGGAAUUAUCAUCCACACACCUGCUCAGUUAUAUUUGAACUAAAGUCAUGUGUAAGAGACAGUGGCAGACCAUUAUAGAUACUGACAGACCCUUACUGGAUUUGAAGACGCUAUAUCUAAGCAUAAGAGACAACAUUAGUAGUUAGCAUCUGAUUUCUUAGUGCCAACCUGGAAGAAUCUGCAUACGCCAUACCCUUCUCAUAGUGUAGUUUAAUGUACUCAGAAGGCAUAAUGUCUGUAAAUACCCAGAUAACCUUCCCAUCCCCCCUCCAUUAUAGUAAUGAUGGUAUAGCCCAUACAGGAAGACCCAAAGGAGUAUGUACCGAAUGUAGAUGCAACUGAUGUAAUGUAUUUCACUCUAAUUGAUGUUGCCUGUACUUCAUUUUGCACUGUUACAAAGAUAUACAUUUACGGAAAUGGCUAUGAGUGUACCUUUUUGGUUUUGUUUCGUUCUGUAUAUUUGGUUUCCACUUACACUGUUAAUUUGAUGUACUGUAUCUUUAAUUAUUGAUAUAACUUGCAGAUGUUGUAGUCCCUCACAGAGCAUGUACACCCAGGGAAGAGCCUGUGUUUUAUGCGUUUGCUGUGAUAAUGGGGUACUGUACAGUUUGAAUGGUGAGUUGCCCUUCACACUGUAAUCUAAGAGCCAUUUCAUAGCCUACGCAAGCUAUACCAUGAACACAGUUGUAUACGCAAGGCUUAUACGUAUUGAACAGCCUUCUCAUAGUCUAUGCAGGCAAUGCAUACGCCAUCAGAAACGCAUGACAUCGCACUUGUGCUGUGUCACUAAAAGACAUUUUGCUACGUCAAGCCCUUUACGUUUAGCCCAAUACACCCACGUAACGUGCUUGUAUCUUGCGUAGACUUUGAAACAGCCUCUAACCCUGGACCACAGGGGGGGAACCCUCCCUCUGCUUUUUAAGCUUAUUACCCAAACCAAGGGAAGGUUGGCACGUAGCAGAGCAUAAUUUCUUGGCUUGGUUACUCUACUGAUCUGAAGAGCAUCACCCCCUGAGAAUUGUUCUAAGAAAUCAGGGUCAACAACAACAAACGUAGUAGUAGUUUUAGCAAGUUUGUUGAGACAUGGUGGGACCUGCUGUCAGAUGUAGCGUAUGGUUUGUGUGCUGAUCAUCAGCAGCACACAUGACUAUGGAGUGGAUCUGAGCCAGACCCAGACCGUGUGCCAGAUCUGAGCCAUCUUAGGGCCAGAUAA